AUGAGGUGCAUUAGCACGGUGACUUAUUCUUUUAUUGUCAAUGGUGAGCCAAGAGGUCGGAUUGUCCCUUCAUGUGGGUUGAGACAAGGUGAUUCUAUUUCCCCAUACUUGUUUCUUCUUUGUGCAGAAGUGUUGUCACGUUGUAUUUUAUUGGCUGAACAAAGGGACUUGUUGCAUGGCGUUGAGAUAUGUGUGGGUGCUCCUAGUAUUAGUCAUCUUUUCUUUGCGGAUGAUUCUUUCAUUUUUUUCAAGGCAGAGAGAGGUGAAUGUGUGGCUUUGAAGAACAUUUUGCAUGAGUAUGAAUGUGCCUCAGGUCAACAGGUUAAUUAUCAGAAAAUUUGUAUUUCCUUUAGCAAAAAUGUUGAUAGGGCUUUACAAGAUGAACUUGCUGAUACUUUGGGGGUUGUAAGAGUGGAGAAACAUGACAAAUAUCUUGGGUUGCCGAUGGAAUUAAGCUAUUCUAAGGAAGCAGCUUUCAGUUAUCUAAAUGAGAAAAUCCGGAAUCGUACACAAGGUUGGAGGGAGAAAACUCUGAGUGUGGCUGGUAAGGAAAUUUUAAUUAAAGCGGUGGCACAAGCGAUUCCUUCGUAUGUGAUGAAUUGUUUUGAGCUUCCGAAGCAUUUGUGUGAGGAGAUGCACCGUUUGAUGGCCCGAUUUUGGUGGGGAGGGGAUGAUUCGGUGAGAAAGAUUCAUUGGGUUUCAUGGAAAAAACUUUGUUCUUCGAAGAAUGAAGGCGCGGAGGUGAAAGGGGGGGAUUCUUAUACUUGGAGGAGUAUUAUCUCUGGUAGAGAAGUUUUGAAGAAGGGCUUGAGGUUUCAAGUAGGAGAUGGCCGGAGUAUUUCGGUUUGGCUAGAUCCGUGGGUGCCCUUACCUUUUGCAUUAAAACCGUAUUCUCCUUUGAUGGAAGGGACAAAGGAUUUUACGGUAGCUGAUCUUAUAGAUGAGGGUGGCCGAGAGUGGGUAAUGGAGCUCCUAGAAGAACUUUCACAGGUCAUGAAGUUGAUACUAUUGCGGUCAUUCCCUUAA